CUUCAGUGUAGUGACGCAAACGUUUUACGCACUGUCCACUCAUCAUUAUUCACGACCCAGACACAGGAUAAACCAGCAGUCCAUAUUUGUCCUUGAGGAAAGAUGAGUCUAAACGAUCCGUCAACGAUCACGGGCUUGUGUUUGGUUUUACUGGGCUUCCACUCCUGGACCACAGGAAUUGCUGGAGAAUGCCAUUGUAGCACCCCAGAGGCAUGUACCGUGUUUCCCUCCUCCCCCUGUAGCCUGCCCGGGGGUGAGGACCGAUGUCAAGAGGGAUGGUUUGGUCAAUACUGCCAGAAACGAAAUGUGGCGUUGAGGAAGCCUACCACACAGAGUUCUGUGUGGUUCGAACAAGAAGAAACAGCUCAGCCUCUGAAUCUCACAUCAUCCUAUGCGGUUGAUGGAAUAGUUUCAACUCUGUUCAUCGACAGUCCGUGUUCUCAUACUGACAGGGGCGACAGGAGGCCAUACUGGAAAGUGUUUCUCGGUGCCAGCACCAACCAGACGCUCCUUCACAUGCGAUUGUAUCUCCGGGAGAUUUGGAGAGGACGCAAUAACGGCAUGAAGAUAUUCGUCGGCGACCAGAUCUGCUACAGCUGGCCGGCAACUAGAGAACCUCCCCCAAUAGCGAAUGUGACAUGUCGACGUCCACUGACUGGAAACACCGUCACUAUUCGUACACCACGGGAGUAUCUCACCCUAUGUGAGGUGGAGAUAUUUGUUUGCAGUGAUGGUUGGUUUGGGGACAAUUGCGACAAACAGUGCCAUUGUGCAGACGUGUGUGACAAGAUCACAGGUCGCUGCCCGAGUACGUGUGAUUCCGGAUUCUCUGGUUCCACCUGCCAGACACCAUGCGAUGACGGUCUCUUUGGCAACCAAUGUCAAUAUAAGUGCGGCCAGUGCAAGUCCAACCUUCCCUGCAACAAAGUCAGUGCGAUCUGUGAAGACGGAUGCAACCCUGGAUUUGAGGAGCCAUAUUGUGUUGAUGAAUGUGUGGACGGAAUGUAUGGAUCCAACUGCACAUCACGAUGUGGUCACUGCAAAGAUUACCAGUUCUGUAACAAACUCAACGGAGUUUGCGCUGAGGGGUGUGUCAAUAAUUACAAGGCACCCCUCUGCCAAGUAGAGGUUGAACGUUGUGAUAACGCAAGUAAUCUGGCCUCUCAGCGUACUGCAUUGGGAGCAGCGUUAGGAGUGGCCGUACUGAUAAUUGUUCUGGCUGGAUCCCUGUACAUCGUACGGUUGAAGAUGUACAAGAAAGCUUUAGAACUGGAACGUGGCACCAUGUCCUCGACACCUAUCUGGAUCAGGGAGCAGUAGAAUAACAUGAAGAUGUGAUUUGAUCAUGAAUCCAACACGUUUCAUCAUCCGAAAACUUAAAACUAAACGUUUGCAUUUGAUACCCUUGACAAUGUCGAUUUAACCUAGUUUUCAUUAGAUUGUUGUAUUGUAAAAUAGUAUAUUGAUGCGGUCUGUUUUUAUAUAUUGAUCUACUAGUACAAGUGUAGAUGACUUGCCGAUCUACAGUAUAUGUUCCAUAACGCUUUGUCGUACUUGGCGUUUAAGGGAAUUCAUACCAAACUGACUGCUGCUCUACCUACACUAUAGAUGAAACAUGAGGGGUGAUAUAUAUUACUAUAAGCGACCCUUUUGUUAAUCUAAGUUAACAGGAAACAUCGUUGCAUAAUUACAAAUAUGCCAUUCAGAUUCCCCGUCUUCAAGAUUACGAUAAUUACAUAUAUGACAUUCAGAUCUGAAAUUUACGUUAGAAUGUGACUUGAUCAUAUGUUCUUACAAUCAUUCAUACUUUGAGCAUAACCCGAUAAGGAUGAUUAUGACAUGGACAUCGCUGACAAGAGAAUUAGUACUGCUGUUUGCCGGAGUUCCCCAUUCUCCAAGAUUGCAUGUUUUCACGAGUUUAAUUUACAUGUAUUUGUCUUCACGUUCAAUAAAGCAGCUGACA